UUUAUUUUUCUGUAACAUAUAGACCAAACCAACAGGCUUGUAAAUGUCUGAUGCAAACGUUUCUUCAGAGACUCUUAAAUUACUUAUAAACGCCAACCCGCCAUCGAAUAAGUUGUCAUAUGUCGCUAAACAAGCAAUAUCGGACGAUCAGGUUAUGUACUGCAUGGCUAUUCACAAUAGCGUAUUGUUGCAGUGGUACAACUCGAAAUCUGAGCACAAGAAGUAUGUGGAUUUUCUGAACGAAAUCAUCCCCAAUGGAUCAAUUAAAAUCAAACGCGCAUCUCUAAGAGUUGAAGACCGGCUAAGGUAUCAAUGUUUGAAAGUAAGCAAACAGGUUAAGCAACUUAACUUAAAAGGUUCAAAGGCGAAACGUGUGACAUUUCUAAACAGUAUGUCUAAAGUGAGCAUUUUAGUGAGUGAUGUCGCUACAGCAGCUGAAAUGGAACAAGAAAUCAAACGCUCAAAAGUGGCACUGCAAGAGAUACAAGAACGCUUGGACAAUUUAAACGUUGAGUUGGAGGAAUGAAAGAAAGAGUACCACAACUUAGAGAAAGAGAAGGAACUUUUAUUCAAUGAAAUGAAAGCUCAGAAAGAUUUGGAAAUUUCAGAAAUUGUGAAUAAGAAUGACGAAAUGAAAAAAUAUGUGAGAAUGUUAGAGAAGGAAACUGACGACAACUGUUCACCUGUUAUUAAGAAUAUUGGCGACUUGUCAAAGCGACAGCAAAAGAGGCGACUGCAAGCACUUGGGACAAGGGCUGAAAAGGCAUUAUGGUUUGCAAAGCACUUUGGGCUUGAGCUAGAUAGAGUGGAGUUUCUUGACAGCAAUGGCCAGAAAUAUGGUUGGAAUACAACACCUUCCUCAAAGGCCACAUCUCCAAUUUCCCCAGAACCACUACCAACAGCAGACCCCAUACCGCACAUAACGCUAAACCCUUCGACAUCCUCAACACCAACUGCACUGCCUAAGUCAAAAAAUAAUCAAUACGACCAAUUGUCAAUUGAUGGAAAGUGCAAGGUAGAAGCUAUUUUGUUCCUAAUGGACAAAUUUGCAGUAGGAGAUGCAUUUAUACAUGAACUCUCAAUGGUUGUUGAGGGUAUGCCUAGGUCAUAUUUAAUCAAACAAUGUCGGAACAAACUAAACAGUAUUUGUGCAGUAAAACCAACCCCGGGAGCAGCACCUGGUGCACAGAUAUCAUUCAAAGAUUCCCUUGUUGACAAAUUGAGACUUAUGGUUGAAGAUGGCAAACUAACAGCUGGUGAGAAGGUGAAAGUGAAGAUAAGUGGUGAUGGAGCAAGAAUGACCAGAUUAACAAAUUACGUUAUUCUGAGUUACUGUGUGCUGGAUGAUUCAAAAGAUGUUUUAGCUGCCAAAGGUAUACAUAAAAUCUUGGUUGAUGAGUGGGUAAUGAGUGGUACAGAAUGCUAUGAGUCCCUGAAAGUUAGUUUUAAAGACUGCUGGAAUGAAAUUAACAAAGUCAUUCAUGAUGGUCAAGUUGAAAUAAACCCAGGACAUGCCAUACCAGUUGAAGUAUUUCUUGGUGGUGACUAUAAGUUUCUCCUACUCAUUAGUGGACGUGCUGCAGCAAAUGCAAAUUAUGCUUGUUUGUGGUGUACAAUUCAUAAGGAUCAAAGAUGGGAUAUGACAAAGUCAGGAGAUUACUAUAACCAACCAUCUAUGGCUCUGACAUUGGCUGAUGUGAAGAAAUGUGCAUCAGAGAAACAAUUUUGUUGCAAAGAUAUGCCCUUACUGGAUGUUCCACUCUCUAAUAUUGUUCUGGAUGAGCUCCACCUUCUUCUUCGAGUUACAGAUAUCUUGUUAUCUAACUUAAUAGAGGAUGCUAUGGAGCUAGAUGACAAGAAGGAUUUCUUGAAGAAGAAAGGGGAGCCCAAAGGGGUCUGCUUACAGAGGCUUGCACAGCUCAUAAAUAGCUGUGGUGUAACAUUUAAUGUGUGGGAGAAACGGGAUGAUGAUGGUAAAGGGAUUGGAAAGAUGGACUGGACAUCGUUGAUGGGUGCUGAGAAGAAAAAGUUGCUACAUACCCUCCCUGAUAAACUCCAAUUAAGCACUGAAGAAAUUAUUCAUCAGGAUACUGCAGACACAGUCAUUAAACUCUGGAAGCAUUUUGGUGACAUAUACUUCAACUGCAUUUCUUCAAAUAAUCCGGUCGAACUGGAAACAUGUGGAUCUCGAAUACGAUGCUGGAUAACACUGUUUCUCACUUUGCAACACGACAGAAAAGGUUAUGCAAAUAAAAAUAUCACACCUUAUAUGCAUGCAGCAGCAUAUCAUAUCCAGGAUGUUCUCGACAAAUUUAAGAAUUUGAAACAGUUUAGUGGACAAGGUGUAGAAAAAAACAAUGACGUUGCCAGAAGCAUAGUCCUUCGUAAGUCCAACAAUUUUGACAGCCCUGCUGAGGUGAUACGAGCAGAGCACAGACUUACCAAUUUGUACAAGAGAGAAAGGAGGAAAAGACCAUACAAAAAAGUUGCAACUGCAUUUUGGAAUGGUGGGAAGCAAGAGGCCACUAACAGUAAAAAAAAGAAGAGCAUUAGUAUGCAGAGGAUGGAUGCUCCCUCUACAAUUGUUGAAUGCAACAGCAGCAUACCACCUGCAAAUGCAAAUGUACAACAAAGAAACAGGCAAAAGGAAACAAAAAAGGCAAAGAAAACAAAGAAAACUAAGAAAAGAUAGUUAAUCUCUGAUGUAUAUAGGUGUAUAAU